AAUCAAAAUCUCGUCUGUUCACCGCCGGUGUGCCGUCGCCGAUAUGCUUCGUCGUAUCUUUUACAAGCGUGCACGUGGCAGUGAUGAUUUAGCUUAUUGUCAUCGUCUGUUGCACAUUCCGUAUAGCGAACCAGAGUCUGAUUCUAAGGUAAUAUCCGAAAUCGUUAGUACAGUAUCAAAGAAAGAAUCAUCAUCAUCAGUUACGGAAUCAACUCAACACUGGCGUAAGAACUGGCAAGAUUUGAGAAAGAAUAGGCUAACAGCUAGUAAUUUCUCACGUGCUAUUGGGUUUUGGCCUGACGGUAGACGAAAUCUUUGGUUUGAAAAAAUCGGGGUAUCGAAACAGUUCGGUGGGAACCGAGCUACGUUUUGGGACACUGAUAACGAGGUCGAAGCACUCGAGAGAUACAACGAGUUAACGGGGAACGAAAUCCUCAUGCCUGAGUUCUUUGUGUAUAAGAAUGGUGAAAGCCCUGAGGAAGACUGGUUAGGAGCUUCUCCUGAUGGAGUGAUUAAUGUAGUCAAAGACGGUGUUACUUCAAGCGGUGUGUUAGAAGUGAAAUGCCCGUUUUAUAAUGGGAAAGUGGUGUAUCCGUGGAAGAAGGUUCCUUGGAACUGUGUUCCUCAACUUCAAGGUUUGAUGGAGAUAGUGGAUGCUGAUUGGUUGGAUUUGUAUUGUUGGACUCCUAAAGGAAGCAGUCUCUUCAGAGUUUGGCGAGAUACCGUGUUUUGGGAGGAUAUGAGACCUGCACUGUUUGAUUUCUGGCAGAAGCAUGUUAUACCUGCAAGGGAAGUGUACAAUAACACUGAUAUAAAAGAUCCUCAGGUGAAGCUGAGAGAGUUUAUGCCGGAUCAUUGGCAUCAAGAUUGCAAGAAGAUUAUGCGUGGAUCUGAGAGAAUCAGCGAAAGCUCUAACCGUUUGUUCUAUGAAAUCGAUGGGAAGCUUGUAGAUUGAGAUUUUGGUGGAGUGGAACCUCCAAACAAAAAGCCAUGUUUCUUGCUUUCAUUUGAAUGUUAUUUGCUUCGUUCGGAAUGUGGAAAACACGAUAUGAAGCUCUUGCGAUGAGCUUUAAGUACAUGUUUCAUAUUGUAUACUCUGUUUCUUGUUGUUUCAUCAGCCUUUUGUUACGUCAUAAUAUUGGUUUGGUCACUUUUCAAGUUCUCUUAAUAGAAAAUCUAAAAUUUGCGAUU